AUCAGGCUGUGCCUCCGUUUCCUGUUGAAUCUGCUUGACCAGAGACGAUAUCACACUUUCAGUUCACUCUCAAUGGGAGAAGCACCAUGGAUUUGAUAAUUACCGUCAUUCUUUUCUGUUCAGUGCUAAAAGCUGCAGUCGGCUUUAAUGUUGAUUCAGGUUCUUGGAAAACCCUGAGUCACUCUGAUGAAAGUUUUGGCUACCAGGUGGUGCAAAGACAAUCAGAUCUGCUUGUCAGCGCCCCACGACUGCAGUAUGAAAAUAAUAAAACGGGACGGAUAUUUCAGUGCUCAACAGACGGCUAUUGCAGCAAUCUGCCUGCUUUAGAGCAAAGAGCUGCUGUCAACAUGUCUCUUGGUUUGGCGAUGGCAUAUGAUCCUUCAACACAAAACACAAUGGUCUGUGGUCCAACCAUUCCCAGAGACUGCGCAUCUAUCGCCAUGUACAACGGUUUGUGCUUUGAGAUCGAUUCAAAUAAUACAUUUGUGAAGUCUUACCCGCCUGCAACUGAAGAGUGUACAAGCCGAGCUGACAUUGCAUUUCUGCUGGAUGGCUCAGGCAGUGUAUCCAGUCAAGAUUUCAGCAGAAUGAAAGAAUUUGUGAAAAAUCUGAUCAGAACAUUCCUGGACAGAGAUACACAGUUUGCCAUCACCCAGUUUUCUUAUUCUCCAACAACACAUUACUACUUUAACACUUUUAGAUCUUUCAACUGGGAAUCUCAAAUUAACCAUAUCCGUCAAUUUAGUGGAGGAACAUAUACAGCUGGAGCCAUACAAAAUGUUGUAGAUGACGUCUUCUCACCACAAAGGGGUUCCAGGUCAAAUGUGAAAAGGAUUCUGAUCGUCAUUACAGAUGGGGAGUCUCAUGAUCGCCAAAACUUACCAGCAGCAACACAAUCAGCUGAUCAAAAAAACAUUCUUCGAUUUGCUAUUGGGGUGGGGAACGCAUUCACAAGUACAAGUGCAAAACAAGAGCUCAGAAUAAUUGCAUCUCAACCUGAUGACGGUUUUGUGUUUCAAGUGGGAAGCUUUGAUGCUCUUGACAAAAUACGGGACAACUUGCAGGCCAAAAUCUAUUCCAUUAAAGGACCUCAAGGUGAUGGAGAGAUACUGAAACAGGAAAUGUCUCAAGAAGGCUUCAGAGCAGCUUAUGUGUCUGGGGUAAAUAAUGUCAAGUAUAUUCAGAUGACUGUAGUUGGUACUGACAAGUGGAGAGGAGGCUACAAGAAAUACCAACUUGGUGCUGAUUUAAAACCAGUCUCAUUUGAGCCAAUGUCCAUUGAGCCUAACAGUUACCUUGGUUAUUCCAUGGCUGUUGCUAAAACAAAUGAUGGUCCUCUGACAAUUCUUGGUGCUCCAAGAAAUCAACACAAAGGAGUUGUUAUGACAGCUUUCAAUGAACAACUGAGAGAUCAAAUCAGACCCUUUGAAUCACAGACUGGUGAAUAUUUUGGGGCUGAGGUUUGUGCCAUGGAUGUGGAUUCUGAUGGUGUGACUGAUCUAAUCCUCAUAUCCUCUCCGAUGUACAAAGACGUUGAUAGAGAAGGACGUGUUUAUGUCUGUGAAUUAAGUCGUUUGAGUGUGGUUUGUUAUUUUGAUAAUCCGUCACAAAUAACCGCACUAAGAGGUGAUGUGUCCGUCAGAGGGAGGUUUGGGUCGUCUCUUGCUGUUCUGCCUGAUAUAAAUGCAGAUAAAUUCAAUGAUUUGGCCGUUGGAGCUCCUUUGGAGAAUGAUGGCCAAGGCAGCAUCUACAUAUUCCGAGGAGAAGGAAGAGGAAAAAUAAAUCCUACUUACUCACAGAGAAUUGCUGCAUCUGCAGUCCAAUCAGGCCUGAAGUCAUUUGGCAUCUCAAUCAGUCAGUCUUCCUACGAUCAGAGUGGUGAUGGACUUCCUGACUUAGCAGUGGGUUCAAAGGGAAAAGUUGUCAUACUCAGAUCCAGACCAGUUGUAACAGUGACUGCCACUGUGUCGUUCGACCCAGAUCUGAUCCCAACUCAAAACCCAGACUGUUCAAAACCACUGCCAAGCAAUGCUACUCUCUGCUUUACUAUGAGCAAACUGUCCAAUGUGAAUGAAGCUCAAGCACAGGUUAAUUUCACUUUAACUUUGGACGCAAAUCGUAAGAUACCAAACAACCGAGCUGAGAUCAGCAAGGAUGUGAGGCACAAGAGUGGAUCACUUAAUCUUAAUUUAAAUACAAAAGAAUGCACUGAUGUGGACUUUUUUAUUGAGUCUUGUCCAGAAGAUGCUCUCAACCCACUCAAUAAUGAGCUCAGAUUCAUGUUUGAUGGUUUGUCUUCUGGCUCAAACCCCAGACCAAGCCUUUCUCCACAGGUUAAAACCACAACAUUUCAUCCUCUUGGCUUUGAGAUCAGAUGAGGAGCUGAUGAAGUGUGUGAAGAUAAUUUGAAGAUGGAUUUAAACUUCAGCAAGCUGGAUUUUUCAUAAGCAAGGACAACAAUGUGAUGAGCGAAAAUGCAGGAGGAGAAGCUGUAUCUGAAGGACGGACACUCAGACAGGGACAUUUAUAAUAAUUAUAGUUUCUAUGAAAUUUAACUGAUGGCCUUUUAAUUUAUUGAAUGGGCCAAACACAAUGUGUGUUUUCCAGAUCAUUCCCUGCUAAUUGCUACAUUGAAAUGCAAACUAUCUGGUAAAAAUGUAGUUUCUCUUUAUUCU